ACCGCAAUCGAUACAUCACCAUGUUACAACCGAAGAUAUCAGCGCCUAUACGGCGAGCCCUUUUCAAUCCAUCGACCGUAUGCCUACGAUGCGAAACCCGCUCCGCAUUCCGUCCCUUCGCACAGCAACUUUCUCGAACCCUCACCACCUCGCGCGCCCCCAAACAAGCCGUACCCAAGCAGGCCGUCCCCGAACCUUCGAGAACACAACAACCACCACCUCCACCAAAAGACGACGAUGUCUUUGUUCCUAAGCCCCUCGGCCGCCCGAUUGGCUUUCCCGAUCCUCCACAAGCCGGCGAAAACACCGGCAACGUGAAGGUCAAGAAAGACUACUCCGGGAUGACAAUGUCGCAACGCAACCUAGCAAAACGCGCCGAUCUAGUCGAGAAAUGGGGCACAAACUACUUCCGCGACUUCAAAAACAUCCGCAAGUACCGGUCGGGCAAGACAUUCAUGGCGAACCCGCGGAUCUUCAAGGCAGAAGCCGCAUUGUACUUCCCCAACUUUCAUGGCGAGACGUUGGCGGAGAGCGAGGCGGAUACGACGGAUGUGUUGAAGGGGAGGGUGAGUGUGGUGAAUGUAUAUUCGAGUCAGUGGGGAGAGAGCCAGGCGAGGACGUUUACGGGAAGUAAGGAGAACCUGGAGCUGCAGGAGAUACUCAGGAAGCAUGCAGGGGUGGCGCAGAUGGUGGAUAUCAAUAUCGAGGAGAACAGUAUGAAGGCGUGGAUUAUUGCGCUGUUCAAGUGGCAAUUGAAGGCUAAGAGGAGCCAGGAGGAGUGGGGGAGGUAUUUCGUUGUGAGGAAGGGGGUUAGUGAGAAGAUUCGGGAGACGAUUGGGUUGCUGAACGGGAGGGUCGGGUAUGUGUAUGUUGUGGAUGAGGAGUGUAGGAUCAGAUGGGCGGGGAGUGGAGAUGCGGAAGGGACGGAGAUGCAGGAUAUGAACAAGGGGUUUAAGAAGUUGGUGGAGACAAGCAAGGCUUCGGUAUGAGGUGGUGGUUGGAGGCUCGGUCAGAGCUGUAAGCAUAACUGUACAUCAUAAGGCGCAAAUGCCCGUCAUUACAUAGGCUUGUAUGCCUAGCGCCUGCCGUGCGCAAAGAACCAUGGAUAUCCGCGCCGCUCGAACGCCAAAAGAAGUCAUGCCGGCUCGAAUGAUUACCAGAACCAUAGGA